UAAAUGUAAUAUUCUUUGACAUUGACAUUAAUAAUUGUCAAUAACUCAAACAAAAAAGAUGCAGUUCAUAAAACUCCCGAUUUUGAGACGUUUCCACUGGUCCCCACCGUUGAUGAACACCGGCAGUGGAGCAGGAAAAGGUGGAGGUGGCGGCGGAUCAAUCCGCGAGGCUGGAGGAGCUUUGGGAAAACGGGCCGCAGCCCAAGAGGACCAGUACUUUCACAACAAACAACAGGAACAAAUCAAGAAGUUGAAAAAGGAGAUCGACGACGAGCUCAGGUUUUAUCGGAACCUCGUCAAGAAGCAGCAGGAAGUGGCCGAUCAGAGUCGCGAUCCGCUGAAGAAGUUCGACGAGGAGGAGAAGGGCAAAAAAUAAUUCGAUUAAUUAAUUAAUUAAUUUUGUCACGCAAAUCGUCAGUUAAAUUUUAAUUUACACAAACCUGUAUUAAUUAAAAAUAGUAUUUUAAUAGUAAAUUACUGUGUAAUAAAA